AUGGCAGAGAUCUUUGUGGGCUAUACUCGGCCUUGUCUCAGGAUGCUGCCGUGCUCCAUUAUGAGUUCCACUCCUCUGCAUGAGCAAGAGGCCCAGGUCCUUCAGCAGGGUGGCGGUCAGGGUGGGGAGGUGGUACCCUCAGGCAGUGUAGCCUCCCGCCCCCCUCAGCCCCACUCAGACCCCCAGGCCUCCAGACGUGUCUGCUUCUAUAAGAGUGGAGACCCCCAGUUCGGAGGUCACCGGAUGGUCAUCAAUGCCAGGACCUUCAAGACCUUCGAUGCCCUCCUGGAUGCCCUGUCUAAGAAGGUUCCCCUGCCGUUCGGGGUCCGCACCAUCAACCCCCGUGGCUCCCACCCUGUCCGGGGUCUGGAAGAGCUGCAGAAUGGGGGCUCCUAUGUCUGCUCGGACCAGCGGAAGGUGAAGCCCCUCAACCUGGACGUGGCUAACCGCCGCCAGCCACCCUGGAACACCACCACCCGGCCCGUCAGCGGGGUCGGAGGGCGCAGCGAGGAGUCGUGGUGUCCCCGGGGAAAUCAACCGGCCGGCAGACAGCAGGAUCAGGACCCUAAAAGGCUGAUAGUAUUUAAGAAUAGAGACCCCAGUGUGAGGAGGACUGUAGUUCUGCAGAGAAGAACGGCUCCAACCUAUGAUGCUCUACUGGACUACCUGUCAGUCAUCAUGCAGUUCCCUGUACUGAAGCUGUACACACCAGAUGGCAGCAGGGUUGAAGGUCUGCCAGCCUUGAUCCUGUGUUCUGGGGUGGUGGUAGCUUCGGGGAACGAACCUUUUAGACCAGGGAACUAUGACUUCCUGAGACCGACCCAGCCUGCUGCUGCUCUGUCCUUUAACUCAGACUCUAUAGAACCAACCAGGCUAAAGCCUCUAACAGAAAAUAAAACAUCGUUAUCCAGCGGGCGGCGGUCCAGGAACUUCAGCCUGUCAUCAGAGAGAUACUUUGUGAACCAGAUCAACAAGUCUGUGAACGAUAGCUCCUAUGGCCAGCCGGUCCGCCUCCCAGAGAACAUGGAGACAAACCAGAGAAAGACCCAGGGCUCUAUAGAUAUGGAGACAGAGACGUAUCAGCUUGUAGAGGACAACGGGAAGACCUCCAUCGUACCGCAGGAUGAUGACAUUGAGAAGUCCUUCAGGGUCAACCAGGAUGGCAGCAUGACCGUUGAGAUGAAGGUCCGUCUGACCAUUAAGGAGGAGGAGAUGAUCCAUUGGACGACCACGUUGAGCCGCUCCAGCGUGGUGACCAAUCAUAAACUAGGAGCCAAGUCGGUAUCCACCCCACAGUCCCCCGACAACAACGUGGAGGCGAAAGACCCUAACAUUGGUCUCAGUGAGGAUGAGACCAAGGAGAGUAACCACCCCAGCCGCAAUGCAGAGAGGGACGUGGCCUUCAGCGGGACGGACGGAGGAGGGACGGACAGUGGCGCUGGAGGCAGGGCUGGUUCUCUGAAGGCCCACCCCCGUCAGAAGCGGAUGCCAACCCCUGGGCUGAGACAGGUGAAAAAGAAACAGGCGUCUGUGGAGAGCGUAACCAUGGUGAUGGAGACAGGUGUCCAGGAGACCAGCCUGGGGACUUUUUCGUACACAGAGUGCAUGGCAGAUGGGGAAACCACAGAGGGGUACUGUGUGGUCCGGCAGAGCAGCAGCAGCUCCAGGUUACCCGCCAUACCACCUGUCCCCAAGCCCAGGAAGAGUGGCUCGGCUGGGGCCAGCAGGGCCAUCAGGACCAGCUCCCACUCCUCACUCCGUUCCUCUGGAGUAGCAGAGGUGAUGCAGAUUCAGAACAAUGGUAAUGGCAGGGAGAUCACUGAGACCGUCAUGCACAUCUACGAGAGGAGACAGAGCAGCUACGAUAACUACUAUGCCAACGCCCUGGGGGCCGGGUAUGGGACAUGUGGGGAGGGAGGUGGGGGUUAUGCAGGCGAGGCAGGGUAUGGUGGAGGUUGUGGUGGUGGCUCCAACCCCAUUCCGCGGAGUAAACCGGCCUCUUCAGAUUCGGGGCCGCGCUCCUCCGUGGACUUAACCCGACCAUCCAGUACCAGUGACUCACUGAACCAACAGAGGGAUGAGAUACUCUCUCUGUCUUCUGAACCCACCUCACCUUCUCAGAAUGUCACCCUUCCAUUUCAAAAACAACCAGAGAUCAUUAGCAACAAACUGUCGUCUUUCCCAGACAACGAAGCUUACGCCGCGCCAGAGUCUUACACAGAGUCAUCUCCUAAAGAGACAGAAUGGCCAGAACCAAAGACUCAACUGAGUGAGAGCUUCUCCAUGCCUGUCUUGCACCCCCCUCUAGCCCCCUCUGGGGUACACCAGUACGUAGAGAACUGGCUGCAGAACAUCGCCCCGGAGUCCAUCCCCUAUGUCCCCUACAUGGAGGAGGGAGGCCAGGACACAGAAGAGACUGAACCCAGGACCAAGGUAAACAUGGAGGAUGAAGGCCAGGACACUGGGGAGGCUGAACCCAGGACCAAGGUAAACAUGGAGUACGAAGGCCAGGACACUGGGGAGGCUGAGCCCAGGACCAAAGUGAUCUUCCAGAUAGGAGCCGACUCAGAGGUUGAGUCAGAAGUGAAGAGUGAUUACCCAGAGGAUCAACAUCUGCCCCAGGGGGGAGACCACCUCUCAGUGGGAGGCAUGUCCAUGUCCUGCCUGUCUGUCCCUGUCAGCUACGCCGAGGCUCAGGUCGACCUCUCUAACCCCCAGAGGACCAGGAAACUGUGCUCCUCUAUGCCCAGUGUCAGGAUCGACCCGGUGGAACAGCAGAGCAGGCUCGGUCUCCUCCACCGCUCAGCGUCCUUUGUCCCUCAUCCUGUAGAGCACAGUGAGUCUUCCUCCUCCACCCACCACCUCCUUAUCCCCAAGGCCACUCUUACACCGAUCUUCCGUCAGCUCUGCUCCUCGAUACAGUGCAUCAGACAGGCCUCCCAGCCUCCUGCCAGCCUGGAGAAAUCACACAGCAUGCCUGACUUCUCCUCUCAGGUGUCAUCGGUGUUCGGCUCGUCCUCCAAGGCGCUGAUGUCCUUCCUGUCGGUGUCCACCCUGAAGGACACCCUGUCAUCAGCCCUGGGAAAAGGAGGAGGAGGAGAGUUUUGUAGAGGGAACUCUAACAGCGGGUCGGAGGCCCUCCUGGUGAUGCAGUCGCUCCAGAAGAUCUCCACCAUGGAGGACGAGGAACAGCAGAGAGCCAGCCUGGCCAGCCUGCAGAGCCGGACCUCUGAUCAGCUGAAGGACAGCUGGAGAGACUUCCAGGAAAGGAGCAGUGAAAUGGGAGACAGGGAAAGUCCUCCUCUGUCUCCGAGCACCAACCAGGAGUUUGCCUUGGAUGUGGAGUCUGAGGCGGGUGACGAGAACGGAGGACGGUUGGGUAUCGAGGAGCUCAUGGAGGAACUUAACAUGCCCCAGGAACUCAGGGAUGAGGUGUCGUCGUUGGUGGAGGGAGAGAGAACAGUGCAAUAUGCCAUGAGGUCUCCAAUGUUAGGGGGCAGCGUCAGUGAUAUGUCUUAUGCUGUUGACACUGAGGUAGACAAAGUAGAGUGUGAUGAGAUUGAGGAACUAGAGGUGUUUGAGGAAGAUGUGAAGAAGAUACCUGAUAACUGGCCUGGGUCUGAAGCUUCUCAACAAAGACCUUCAGCUGAAGAGGAGGAGGAGGGGAAGCAGGGGGGAGAGGAAAAUCAGGAGGAGCAGAAGGAGGAGGAACAGGAUGAGGAGGUACAGGAGGUGGACGGGGAGGGUUUGGAUGCUCGAGAGAGAAGAGACUUCCCACAAACAGAAGCAACAGCCUCUGAGGAGAAAGAUGUGGAGGAAGGAUAUGACGCUGAGGUGGAGGAUGAGAAAGAAGAGGUGGAGGAUGAGAAAGAAGAGGUGGAGGAGGAAGAUGAGAUAGAAGAGGUGGAGGAGGAAGAUGUGGAGGAGGAGGAGGUGGAUGAUGAGAAAGAAGAGGUGGAGGAGGAGGAGGAGGAGGAGGAGGAGGAGGAGGUGGAGGAUGAGAAAGAAGAGGUGGAGGAGGAAGAUGAGGAGGUGGAGGAUGAGAAAGAAGAGGUGGAUGAGGAGGAGGUGGAGGGGGUAGUUAAGGUGGAGGAGGUGGAGGAUGAGAAAGAAGAGGAGGAGGAGGGAGUUAAGGUGGAGGAGGAGGAGGUGGAGGAGGAUGAGAAAGACAAGGAGGAGGGUGAAAAGGCACAUAAUGGAGAGAAGGGAGAUAAUGAGGAAGAGGAGGAGAAAUACGAGGAGUUGGUUGAGGAGGAAAUUAAGGAUAUGGAGGGAGAUUAUGAGGGGGAGGAGGAAAGGGUGGAGGAGGAAGGGGAGGAAGGAGAUGAGCAGGAGGAGACAGAGGAGGAGGAGGGUGAUGAAGUUGAGAGGCAGAGGAAGGAGUUAGCAGAAAAGGAAGAGGAGGGAGAAGGUGAAGAAGAUGAGGAGAAAAAGGAGGAGAGAGAAGAGGUGGGGGAGAGUGAGGACAAGAGAUCUGAAUCAGACUUUGAAGAGGGCAGGAGUGUUGAUAGUCAUCCAUCCUCAGAUAACAAAGUCUGUUCCAGUGGCAGGAUGUUAGAUGAAGUCUGUUAUAUAGAAGAACGAGGUUUAGAAGAGGAGGGAGAGGAGAAGGAGGAGGAGCAGGGCAGCUGUGAAGAGCAGAAUUAUGACGAGGGGGAGCAGGUGGAGGAAGAGGAGGCAGCAGACGUUGGUGCCAUUCUCAGGACGGUCCUGGUAACUGCGACCAGGAGACAACACCGCACAGUGCUGGUGGUCUUCCGUAUCGUGGUAGCGUUCAUUGUCUGCUGGGCGCCGUACAACCUAUUCAUAUUCGUCAUGUCUGUUUACACACCUGUAGACUGUGGGGUCAAGGAGCGUCUGCAUGUUGUGUCCGUUGUGUGUCGUAUUGUGGCCUACGCCCACUGCUUCCUGAACCCUGCUCUCUACAUGCUGUCUCACUCCUUCAGACGACAUCUUCAGCAAACUGGAUGCAGUUUAUCACAGUGCCAUCCGUUUUGUCACUAA